AUGAGUGUCGACUCUGAAGGGGCGCGGGGCUGGGUCAAGAUCGAAAUCCCGCACUCAUGGCAGGAUCGACUGGAUAGCAGAAGCGCGAAUGAGCGAAUCAGAAAUUUGAUCGAAAGUCAAGUUGUCAAAUUGCCUCCGGUGCGUUUUAUCGUUGAAUUUUUGAAGAAAAAUGAAUUUUUUAGGCUCUGGAAAUGUACGGCAUGAAAGUUUUGUCGACGAGCGAAAUUCAAAAAGUCGAGGAGCAGGAUUGCGAGGCUUAUUACGAAGUCAAUUUCGAAGUAAAUUCCUGGAAUUUUCGGAAAAUCACGUUUAAAUUCAGGUGACGAGCGAUCAUUUCGACAAGAAGCUUCUUUUGGCCCUUCAGCGUUAUUUUGAUGAUAUUAAUCGUGUAGGGGCGAAUUGAGUUUUAAAGACGAAGGAAUUGAAAAAAAAAAUCCUCCCUGGAAUUUUCAAGUGACUUAAAAUUUAUUUCGAAUCACAAUUUAUGUAAUUUUCCGAUUUUUCGAAGCCUCGGGCCAUUGAAAGUUUGAAAACCUUCCAGUAAAUUAUGAAUUUUCCGAUUUUUCGAAGCCUCUGGUCAUUUAAACUAGCAAAGAUUCCAAUAAACGGAGAAUUUUCCGAUUUUUCGAAGGAUUUGAUCAUUAAAAUUAUCAAAACUUUCAAGUAAACUAUGAAUUUUUCCUAUUUUUUUCAGAGCGUCUGGUCAUUGAAAACUUGGAAAACUUUCUAGUAAAUUGUAAAUUUUUCCGAGUUUUUUUAUAGCCUCUGCUCGUUAAAAAAAUUUGAAAACCUUGCAGUAAAUUGUGAAUUUUCCGUUUUUUCAGAGCCACUGGUCUUGAAAAACCUGGAAACUUUCAAGUAAACUAUGAAUUCUCCGAUUUGUUGAAGCCUUUGGUUAUUUAAACUAGCAAAAAUUCCAAUAAACUAAGAAUUUUCCGAUUUUUCGAAGUCUCUGAUCACUAAAACUUGAAAAAUUUGCAUUAUUGUAAAAUUCGAAUUUUUUUUCUCUAUGCGCCUUUGAACAUCAGCAUAAUUUAUAGAUUUAUGAAAGGAAAAAUUUAUUUUUAGGAUGGUUUUAUGCCAUUCCAACGGGGAAAUCUCGUCCUCCACACUCCCGUUUUUUUCUCCGAUGAGCUGAAGUAACUUGCGAAUUUUGUAUUUUCAAUAAAUGUUGAUUUAUUCAGAUGCUGUAUGAAGGAUCUUCCAAUCUCUGCCAUUCAUUUUGGCAAUUUGCAAGGCGGCAUUUUGAUCAAUCAUUGGGAGGUUUGUCUUUUUUUUAUUUUUCGAAUAGUUCCGUGCUCAAAUGGAUUCCGCGAAAUGCAAUAUGGCCGUCAGAGAAAGAGAAAGAUAACUAAAAUUUUAGAGAGUCAGAGAAAAAUUUGUAUUUCGCGGAAAUUACUUUGAACACGGCAUAAUUUUUUUGUUGAUAAUAAUGUCAUUUUCGUGUUUCAGAAGUUUUUUUAAAAUUUUCUUUUUGAAAGUGUCAUUUUUGAUAUCAAACUAUCAGAUGUAUUUUUCCAAAAAAAGUCCAAGUCUUUCAUUGAUUUUUGGCAUUUAUUUUUUUGAAAAAAAUGGUUAGAAAAAAAUUUUUAAAAUUGAGAAAAAAAGGUAAAAAAAUAUGUUCCUUACAGUUCGAUUUGUAAGAAAAAGUGAUUUAGACUGAGAAAAAACUUGGAAUCCUGUACAUGUAAAAUUUUCGGGUUUACACUUUUUUUAGGAUUUGUUUACUUUGAAUCGAUAAUGAAUAACAUUGAACUUUUUUUCAAAGUUUAGUUUUGUAACUUAUUUUCGAGUUUCAGGUCUCCUUCUGGCCGGAAACCCACAAAAGGCUGAAUAAAGACCGUCCCGAUGAGAUUUCGAUGGCCGAAGCCGAUUCCUUGUUCAGACUUUUUGUCGAUUUCGAGUUUGACAAGGGCGACAUGAUCAUUGUCCACUACAAAGACAGAGAAAUGAUGGGUUAGGGUUUGAAAAAAAAUUUUGAAGAAAGUUAUUUUUCAUUGUUCUUGAAAAUUGAAGUUCUUGGCGUAAAAUUUGAACUUUGAGGUCUAAGAAACUAGAAUUUUCAACUAAAAAAUUAUAAUCUUAUGGUUUUUCAUCUGUUCGGUUAUCUUAAAUUUAUGGAUAAGCAGAUUUGAUCACUUUUUUUGAAGGUUUUGAACUUUAGAAGAACUUUUAAAACUGUUUUGAAGCUUUAUAUUUGAAGAUAUUCUGUAAUUUUGGCUCAAGUUUUUUUUUAAAUCGAGAAAAAUUUACAAGAAAGGUAUAAAAAAAGAGGUUCUUUAUACAAAUGCUUUGGAUCAUACAUGGGCAAGUGACGGACCUGGUCAGCCGACAGGGGGUUGCGGAGCGCACCGAAUAGCAUGUAGGGGGGUCCGGAAAUAGUAAGGGCGCGCCAAUGACAAAAAAAAUUUUUUUGUUGUCCAAAUUUUUUUCAAAAAAAUUCGUUUAUAGGUGAAAUAAAAAUACGUAGAUAACGGGAAAAAAAUAAUAAAAAAACUGAAAAAAAUGAUUGGCUGAAAAAAAUAAGAGUUCCGGGAAGAUUUCAAACGAUUGAAAAAUUGAGAGAGCUUUUUCUAGAAAUUUCUAAAUAUGACAGGCAGCUUCAGCGUAGUCGAUUUAGUCAGAAAACAUCCAGAGACCUUUCUGGAAAAGGUUUUUUUUGCACUUGCUGAUCCGGGAGGUUUUUCACCCGUUGCUUCAGUGCUUUUGAACGGGUGAAUAAGCCCCCGGAUCAGCAGGUGCGGAAAACACCUUUUCCAGAAAGGUCUGUGGAUGUAAGGGGGUACUGAGAGGCGUUUUUGAGGGGUUGCCCACGUAUGCUUCGGGUUUGAAUUUUAUUUUUUCCAAGGUAAAAUUUGGAACUUCCAGACGUUAUGGACCAAGCAAAAGGCCGUAAAGAGAAGCAAUUGGUCACGACCUGGUAUCAAAUCACGGUAAAAUUUAAUUUUUAUAGUAAUAUUGUCCUUAUUUUAAAUUUCCAGAUCAAAAGACAAACAAUCCGGCGAAUCAUCUGCGACCCGUUGGUCAACGAUAUGAAUGGAAGUGGGCGAUACCGCAUCCAUUUUGAUCUCAAUUGUCCCGUUCUUAUCCGUCGUGGAUACUUUACCGAUGCUCGGGCCAAGGUCUGCUUGGGGAAAAAAAAUAAAGAAAGAAAGAAAAAAAAGAAACAAGAAAAUGAAGUUAUAGUUGAACUUCAUUGAGAGGAAGCGUUUGAAAAAAGAGAAUCCCUAAAAAAAUAGUCACAUAUGGUCACGGCAUUCCUAAUGGGGUGAGCGAGGCGUCAAAGUUUCUAAAUUCACAAAAAAAAAGUAAGUGCGCGCUCCGGAUCAAAUUACGUCAUUUUACGUCACCACUUAUACUGAGUAUUCAACGUUAAUAACUUCUUAAUUCUAUCGCCUUCGGCGAUGGUAGGACGAAAAAUUUGAUCCGCAGAAAUACGUCGCGUGAAAAUUGCGACCACAUAACCUAUGAGCCACGAAAAUUUUAAGCCUUCAAAAUUUUUUCGUAAAAUUUUAAAAUUGCUCAGAUGAUGACCUUUUGAAUUUCUUUCUUUUCCUUUUUUUUUUCAAUUUUUUUCCCUUUAUUCUUGAUAUUGAUUAAUUACAGAGCUAGAGCCACUGUUUUUCGGUAGGUUUCUAGAAAUUUCAAUCAUUAUCAUCAAUAAGAAGUCUGUCAUUUUUAUAAACAUGGAAAAACGUAUUUAGUUGACAGAUUUUUGAACUUUAAUGAUUUAUGGCACAAAUUAAUUGUGAAAAACAGAAGAAAAAAAGAGUUAAAACUCGAAAUUAGGUUUCAAAACGUUAUCAAAUCCUGGGAUCGCCGAGAUAACUCAACGCAGAAAUGAGAAUCAGUACUAGAGCAGAAGUUUGAAAAAGACCAGAACGAAGAAAAACAGAAAAUACAGAAAUUGAAAGCCUUAUAUGCAAGUAAUUUCUAAUUUAAAUGGACAAAAUUUUAAAGGCUAAAAUUUUCGUGGCUCAUAAGUUAUGUGGUCGCAAUUUUCACGCAACGUAUUUUUGCGGAUCAAAUUUUUCGUCCUACCAUCCCUUCGGCUGCGUACUUGAGGUUUCAAUUUUCGCGCCAAAUUUUUUUCGACGUCUUCUCACCCCGUUUGGGAACGCCAUGAAGGGGGAUUAUGAGAAAAUUAUGAGAUGAAAGAAGCAUUUUUCAAGUGAUUGAAAGUACUGGAGUUAACACAUUUUCAAAUCCUGGAUAUCAGAUCUAAAAUUUUUCAUUUUUUGAUCAAUAUGGAACAUCAGUCUUCGCUGAAAAUGUAGAAAAGUUAUCAUUUACACUCGGAAAACUAGAAUUUUUCCGGGAACUUGAAAUUUCCCCAACCAAAUUCACAAGUUUUUCGAUUUUUAGUACUGAAAUUGGUAGAUUUUUUUGGAUAUUGAACAUCAAAACUCAUGAUUUGUUGUUUUUUCUCGAUAUUCAAGAAUGGCACUUCAACUCAAGGAGAUUAAAAAUAUGGAAAAUGAUCAAUUCUACUUGAAAAACUGGAUUUUACCCCUCAGAGCCUUAAAAAGUUCAAAUUUUUUCAAUUUUCGCUUCUUGAACGAUUGUUCAAUCUGCGUUUUGAAAAUGGGAUCUAAUUUUGAUUGAGGAGCUCGAGUUUGUCAGUUGUUCCACAUUAUUUUAGAACUUGAAGGUUUAAAUAUUUAUUCAGUUUAUAGAGUAGAUUCUCUGCUUAGUUAUGAGAAUUGUUGAAGAGUUUUUUAUUCGCGAAACUGUCGUUGAUCAAGAAAGGCGCGUAGAGCCUCUCGUCCUUCUUGAAAUAGUAGUUGAAAAAUUUUGAGCGUUCUGACGAUCAGCUGUUAUUCAAUAUAGGAUCAGUACGGCGCCCAGCUUGUCCAGGGCUAGCGGGCGUCGGAUUGAACUUAAAACUUGAAUUUAUAAGAAUUUGUCUAACUUUAAAAGGAGCUAGUAUGAUAAAUCAUGAUUCCCUGCAUUUUGUCCGUUCAGGAAUCGAAACACGCGAUUCCGACGUUCGUCAGAUGGUUGCACGUGAAACGAGGUCGCGAUCAAAGCCAAUAUCCCAAUGAUUUGGCCAUUGCCGACAGUCCCGUCUUCACCUUGGAUUUUGAAGAAACUAUUCAAGUCCUACUUGUUUUCAUUUUUGAAAAUAUUUCUGAAAAUAUUUCAGGCCCCAACGAUUUAUCUUCUCCUCUCUCGACUCCGCCUCCGGAUAGGCUGUCCCAUUGAGUUUUCUGUGUACCCGGUUCGUGUGGGGUAACAUUUUCAUCAAAAAAUAGUGAUUCCAAGUGUAGAAAUGCUGAAUUUAUUUUGCUCAACUUGAAUUUUUUUUUUUGGCCGCAUUUGGAAUGGCUCGAGUAGUCGCGAUCUGAAUUUUUCUCAAUAGUUUUUUAUUGGAUGAUGGAACUAUUGAAGAAUUUUGCUACAGUGCGCUUCAGGGUCUACUGAUUCCGAAAAAAGGUUUUAUUUCCAGAAUUUGCCUUAUAGUCGAGUUAUGAUGCUUUGAAAUUUUCAAAAAAAAAAAACGCUUUUUUCAAUUUAUUUCUAGUUUCAAGAAGCAUCUAAACUGAGGAUUCGAAAAUCGGACAAAAUUGGAAUUUUUCGGGUUUUUUUUUCACAUGAAGGAGGUUACUAGCAAACAUGGGCAAAGUCGGAAAGGGUUGAAAAAAUCUCUACAGAAAUUUUUCUUUUAGUUUCCUCUUUGCUGCCUUUUUGCGCCAUUUUCUAAGCCCAUAUGCACCAUUUUUGCUGCCUCUACCUUUUUUCCACCAUUUCUUGAGCCUUUGAGAUUUUAGAAAAAUGGAAGGCUCGAUAAAGGGACCCUUUUUGCUACCUUUUAGCGGCCUUUUUUGAGCCUCUCCCUUUUAGCGGCUAUUAUUCACCAUCCCGACUUUGCCCGAGUUGAUUGGGACUUUGCAGAUACGAAAAAAUUUUCAAAAAUGAUAGAAAAACGCCCGAGAAGUUUGAAGUUUAGCGAAGGCCAAAAAAAAAAACACCUAAACUGUCUGAGGAUCCGCUUCAGCCAUUCCAAACGCGACCAAGGCCAUUUCAGUUCUAAAACAGUUAUGAAACUUGAGGCUGUCGAUUGCCUGUACGCCCGGGACAGCCCGUACCAUCGUUGGACCUGGAACCAACAUCUUCGCCAAUACCUGCCCCCGACUCAUCCCAGUACUCCGCAUUUCGGCCAUUUUAUCAAUUCUGUGUGUUAUUAAUCAUUUUUCUCGGCAUGAAAAGCGGCAUUUUAAAUGCGAAGCGGUCGCGUUGCGUUUUUGGCGCCAUUUUAAAUUCUCUGCAUUUUUGAAUUUUCAUCACCUUUCCUGUUGAAAAAAUGAGUUAAUUCGCUUGGAAUGGUCCUCGAAGAAAGUAUUUCAGAAUUUUCAUAUAAUGAAUGAAGAAAAGUUUUGGCAGUAAUUCAAAUUAUGAGAUAAUUUUUGAAUUUGCGCCAAAAACGCAUAGCGAAAGGCGUUUGAAGCUGAGAAAAUUUAGCUUUUUACGCCUAUUUUGUACCUUUUUUCUAGCUCUUCCCGAGGAAAAAGGAGAUCCAAGGAACCCGAAAUACGGACGUGAACAAGGAGCGAAAAUUCGCCAUCACUUAUCUGAUCGAAUGUCUGAUAUCAAGGUGAAAUGAAGAAAAAAUGGCCUCUUUCUUCUGGUUGAAGUGUGCUCCAUUGAUAAUUCAACCUUUUUUUGUUUAGGAAUUUUUGCGUUAAUUUUCCCAAUAAGUUGGUCAUCAAUUUAUUAAGUUCAAUAUUUCAGAGGUAGAAUUAAACCCCAAAUUUUAUUAAAACCGUGUUUUUCCAUGCUGUUGAGGUAUAAGGUACAAAGAUUUUAAUAAUUUUAAAAAAUCGUCUCUUUUUUUUUGAUCUCACUUUUAUUUGUCCCAAACUAUAUUUAAUGUUCUUUUGGAUUUUUUCGGCGUUUUUUAUGAGGUUACUUGAUUUUUGUAUAGAGAAAGUUGGUUAGCGAAAGAGAGAGACUUAGGAACUCCAGAGAGGUCCCUAAAGGGGCAACCUUAGGGACCCUUGGAGGACCCCCUCUAGAAAUUACUUUACCAGCCCCUGUAGGGGUUACUAAUGCUUGCAAAAGUGGUCCCUAUAGGGGACAUGCUAGUCGAUAAUUUCUAUGAAUUCUAGGCCAAAAACGAAACAAAUAAGCGUUUUUGAAUUAAAAUUGAAAGACCCCUAUAGGGUUCGCUUGAGCUUUUGGGGCUAAGGGAGCAGAACCUGAAACCCUAUAGGGAUCACUUCGAUGUUACCCCUGUAAAGAUCAUUUUUUUGGCUCCUUGAGGGGAUGUUUUUUUUCCUCUAACCCCUCUAGGGAUCACUCUUGAAUUUCUAAGUAAAGGGAGAGUAAAAAAAAAUUUCUUUGACACUUUAUUUUUUAGUUUACAGUGAAAAAGAUAUACGAGAAAGUGAGCUUUUUUUCAUUUUGUAUCGCAAAAUUUCUAGGGGAGCCGUUGUCAAAGAUCAACUUCUUCUCGAGGAGAAAAUAUGGAGUCGAUUCCUCGAAAUCAUCUUCUACUACUGCACUACUGACCACAAGGCAACAUUCUAUGAAACUUUGCCGAAAAAAUAUAUUUCUCUAUUUUUAGUUGUGCGAAGCGGCGCUAGAAGAUCUGGUUCACAUGUUGGAUGGCCGGAAACGCAUCGGGUCUUUGAUGAAAGUGACCUUUUUCUUAUUAUUUCAGAGAACUAUUCAAGAAAAUUUAGUGUUUUGACAAUAUUUGCAAGACGAGGCUCCGCAACAAGUUGACCAACGGCCUGACCGAGGAGGAAAUGCGGGAAGGUUAUCAGAGAGUCCGAAAGGUGAGUGAAAAUGAACGAUUUUUCAGAGUUUGAAGCAAUUUUUAGAAUUUUAGACGAUUUGAAGCAAUUUUAAGACCAUUUUUAGAAUUUUUAGACAACUUGCUGUUUUUAUGUUGUAAAAUGAGCUUGAAAAAAAAAAAUUAAAACUCCAAAUUUUUGGAAAAAUCUUUUUUAUAGAUUAGUUGGGCUCUCAGGUCUUUCUUUUUCAAAAGAUAUCAUUAAAAAUCAAAAAUUUCUUGUGUUAGUUCGAUUUUAGUCACAAAAGACUAUAUAAGAUACUGUAAAAGUUGAUUUUUUGGCUUCAAGAAUUUCGGUAAAAUUAGGAAAAUUCGGCGUUUAAUCGAUUCAUAAGAGCUCUCAGAAUUAUUUUUUGCUGGAUUGGAUAGUUUUUUUUUGAAUAGUCCGUUUUGAAGAGAUUCCGCAAAGUUGAAGUAGCCGCCAGAAAGUGAAAAAGAUUUUGGAGAGCCAGAGAUAAUUUUGAAUUUCGUCGGAAGAGCUAUGAAUAAGGCUAAGAAUCGCAAAUCAUUUUUUUGAAUAUUAUACAAUAGAUUCGAUUUCGAUAUUGUCUUUGCUGAAACCCCCAUGUUCUGCUUUGAUGGCAAAUUCGGAUUUCACGUCAUUAGUUAUGUCAUAUCGCCUCCUUAUUUUGUUCAUAGAAGCGAAUCCGCGUUCAAAAAAUAGAGAGAGAAAGAAAAAAAUGUACUGAGCAACAGAAAAAAUCCCACAGCAAGUGGGCGGAGCUUAGCGGUCUCUAAAUGAGGCGUUUAAUUUUUUUAAGAUCGAAAAAGCUAAGAUUUUCAGCUAUAAUUUUGUAAAAAUCGAAAAAACGUUGAUAGGCAAGGUCUUACACUGCCAAAGUCGAAAGUGCAGAAAACGGGUGCAAAAUGGCCGCUAAAAGGGUCCCGUUUUGCGGCCUUUCUUGAGCCUUUUUUCUUGGUGGGCUAAAAAGGGUGCAAAAAGGGUGCUGAAAGUCUCGGCCAUUGAUUAUUUCCGUUUUUAUUACUGUAGCACAUUUUGGUUCAUACACGUUCCUUUUUGAUUUGAAAAUGUUGUGGUUCUCAAAGGGUUCAAAAAGGGUGGAUAAAGGCCGAUGAAAGGACGGAAAAAGGCUGUAAAAAAACCGUUGCCACCCGUUAGGGACAAUUAAUGGAAACCUUUUGAACCAUAAAAGAAGCCCGUAAAGGGUCCUUCCGACUUUGCAUUUGAACGAAAUAAGCUCAAAUUUUCCAGCUCAUCUUCACCCCGACGAGAGUGAUAUACGUGGCACCGGAGACGUUGAUGGGCAACCGGGUGCUCCGGAAGUACGACCACGACGGCACUCGCGUCCUUCGCGUUACCUUCCGCGACGACGACAACACCAAGAUGCGGGCCAACAAGACCAGCGACUUGAUCAUCGACCGCGUCGUCGGCAAAUACCUCCGCGACGGGAUCUGUGUGGCAGGUCAGAUUUUGAGUUUCACGCUCGAGCUCCGCCCCUUAUGACGCCAUAGACCAAUCAGGGAGCGAGCCAUCCACAGAGCGCUUUAGAGAAUGACGCUUGACAAGCUGAACCAACUACAGUCUAUUUAUGAACUGUUUCAAGGUCUUUAAAGGGACAUUGCUUUUCCUUGCGGGACCUAUAUGAAUAUCAACUGCUUUUCUUAACACUGAUCUUUCUAAAAAUAAGUUAUAGUCAAUCCUCAUCGAUUUGAAGGACGAGGCAAGCCGCGUAGAGUCUGUUCUGAAUAGUCUGCUCAAUUUUCGAAAGUCUAGUCGGAGCUCAAGCUCCGCCCCUUAUGGCGCGAUAGACCAAUCAGAGCGCGAGCCCUUCACAGAGCUUUUUCAAGAAUGACGUCAUUUUAUCUGACAUUCAAAGUUUGAACAGACUACAGGGGUCAGUUAUUAAUAAAGAAAAGAAACCGCAAAAAAAGUUUUUUGUGAAUUCAACCCUACAUAGGAAACGGGGAAGAGAUUUUUUUUUUAGAUCAUUGGUGGAUAGGCUACGAAAAAGGACCUAAAAAGGUUCCUUAAAAGCUUCCAGAAGUCUAAGGGAUGCUUCAAAAAAGGGCCUUCAAAAGAGACAACCUUUUCUUUGCCUCUGUAGGCCAAAGUCCAAAAGACCUCAAAGGACCUUUCUUGGCCUUUUUUUGAAACUGACUCUUCUUUUUAGGUCUUUUUGAGGCCCUUUGCACUUCGCCUGUGUUAUGGAGUUUGCAUAGAAAAUUCUUUGGAAGAUAGCUUCCGAAUUUUCUUUUUUAAAGCUCGAUUCGGAUCAGUUAGAAACUUCGCUUGUUUAAUUUUAUGAAGAAACUUGAGCCAAGGCGAAGUUCAAACCAAAAUUAUUCAAAUUUCUCUGAUUCUUCAUUAGAAAUAUGCAAGCUUAUGUAUGGAAUGAACAUGAUAAGUUUAAAAAAAAGGCAAUUUUUGAACAUGACCUUUUGGGAAGUCGGAAUGGUGGAUAAUGGCUGCUAAAAGAGGAAGGCUCAAAAAAGGCUUCAGAAAGGCAUCAAAAUAAGUCCUUUAUCGAGUUUUCCAUUUUUUCUGGGAUUUUAAAGGCUCAAGAAAUGGUGGGAAAGGGAGACGCAGCAAAAAUGGUGCAUAAAAGCCGAUGAAAUGGCGCAAAAAGGCAGAAAAAAGGAACCUUUGUCACCCUAAUAGUAACAUUUCUUUGAAGCCUUUGUCUAAUUUUUUUCAAGUAAAAAAUGGUCUUUUUAUGUACCUUUCUGACCAUAUUAAAACUUUUUAGUUGUUUCUAUAUAUAGUAAAAUCAUUCUUGCACUUUUCAGGACGGGACUUCGGAUAUCUUGGAAGCUCGAACUCCCAAAUGCGCGACAAUGGAGCUUAUUUCAUGGAAAAGUAAUACUUUCUGUAUCUUAUCUAUGCAUUUUUUUUUAUGUGGUCUGUGUAUUUUUCUAAAAUUAAAUUUUUAGAUACUCGAAAAACGACCUGCGAGACUACAGAGAGGCGCACAAGAAGAAUCCGCCGCCGGACUUUGCGCCCAAGAUACGCGACGCGAGGAAAGCUCUCGGGAGAUUCGAAGAAGUCGACAAUAUCCCCAAAAUGAUGGCUCGGCUGGGACAGUGUUUCACACAGAGUCGAGUAAUUAUAAAUUCAAAGAUUUUGGAAUGGAAAAUUUUUAUUUAAAGUUGUCCGGAGUGAACUUGAAACGGUCCUCGUAUAUCACGACGUGCGAUUUGGUUGGCGGAAGGAACAAGAAAGGGUUUGAGUUUGAUUUUUUUAACGUUUUAUGGAAUUUUAUAGUAGAAAAGUUGUGAAAAUUUCAUUUCUUUGACGGAAAGUAGAAUUACUAGAAGCUGGGCAUCAUUUGAAAAAAAUGUUUGAGAAGCUUUUCUUCAGAUUUUUUUAAAAAAAGUACAAUGUUGUCAUUCAAAAAAAGUUCUGAUUGGUUUAUCGCACCAUUAAGGGGCGGAGCUUGAGUGACGAUUUUGUUACUAAAGAUAAAAGAAAGCCGCUUGCUGCGCCCGACUUUGAGCGACUUUCUUUUUAUAUGUAUAUUUUUGCGCCGCACGGCACUACACAGGCUUUGGCAACCGGCCCUUUUUGAGCCAUUUAGUUACGAUUUCAAUGACGUGAGUUCACUUAAGUGACCACUAAACUCAAUUAAGUCGGGAAUUUUCGGAAUGAAUAGCUCGUUUCGACGCUCAGAUGCGUGCAGCUUUUCAAAAUCUUAACUAUUAGGCAGUGCGUUUUGAGAACUUUCUGAAACUCGGCUGAGACGUAAUUUGUCCUUUUUAUAAAAUCAGACGCUUCAAAAAACUCGAAAAAAAAAACCGUUUUCCUCCGCUUCAAGGAUACAGUACCGUUAGAGAAUAUAUAGCCAAUUCAUGUCUAGCUUAGGGGCGUGGCUUGUCUGCUCCCUCCACCAACCAGACGCUAUCUCUUUCAUUAUCGUGUCAGGACCCUUUUCUCGAUGGCUCAAGCCAGCCGUGAAUCAGCUGUACGUGAAUAUUUUCUCAAAACUCUUGGAGCUCAAUCUUUUUGGAACUCUGAAAAAAGUCUUUUUUUGCGAACUCUGACCACCAAAGUGUUGAAAAUAGGGAUCCUCACACCCACAGAAGAUUUCAGAAACAGAAAGCUGAUCAAAAUAACGUUUUUUCCUAUUUUUCUGACGGAACUGUAUCUGUUAAGGAUGAAGCUUGGCUUGAUGAUUAUUCGAUUAAAAAGGAAAAAAUGAAUUUCGGAGUUCAUCCAGGGUGCUUCAAAUAGCCAAGUUUCAACAAAUGCUGAAAAAUUUUUUUUUCAUUUUCCAUGCUUUUUCAUGAUAUGCCGGGUUCAAAGAUUUCCGAAAAAUGAAAAAUUAUCUCUGACUCUCCAGAAUGUAGUUAUCUUUUUCUUUCCCUGACGGCUUUUUUGGAUUUCGCGGAAUCUGUUUGAACACGGCAAUAUAGUCCGUUUUUCGGGACUUAUAAGGGUGGAACUUCUCUGCGCCCUCCUGAUCUCUCGACGUCUCUCUCAUGUUUACGUGCUAUUUCCAUGUUUCUCUGACCUAGCCGAGGGAACAGAGAGACGCAGACACGCGAGAACUGUCAAGUCGCGGCGGGCGGACUAUAAUUUAGCCGAAAACUUAAAUGCCAAACCCCCAAAGCUCCCAUAGAAACACAAAUAUCACCAAAUUCUGUUUUUUUUUUUCAGUGAUGAGUUCACAUUUUCCGAUGGAGUUGGCAUGAUGAGCCGCGCCUUCGCCGAGGAAGUCUCCAAAGUGAUGCAGCUCGGAAAGGGUGUCCCGUCUUGUUUUCAGGUCUUUUCACCUCAAUAUCCAACGAGAAUGAGACGAUUUUCAGUUCCGGUUCCGUGGAAUGAAAGGAAUGAUCGCCGUUGAGCCGUUUCUCGACGAACUUCGCGUUUGGGCCGACAGGAACAAGUUGGAGCCGCUCGGCGAGGAAAUGUCCUGGGAGAUCAAUUGCGCUUUCCGCCAGAGCCAGAUCAAGUGGAUUUUUGCAAAAAAAAAAGAAUCGAUUUUUUUAAAUCAAUUUUGAAUAUCUUGGAGCUAAUUUGAGUAGAUGAACGAAGCUUUUCAGAGCUUGAGAGGAUUUGCUCUUCGAAAAAAUGAAAAAUAGUUGCUCCAUGCAAAUUUGUGCAUUUUGGAGCUUAUAUGAGUAGAGUAACUGAUUUUUUUUGCGUUUGAGAAGUUCAAGUGGAUUUUAGAAUUCAAAAAAUUAAAAAAUGGUUUUUCUUUAAAUGUAAAUCUGGGCGUUUUGGAGCUACCAUAAGUGGAUGAACGGAAAUUUUCAGAACUUGAGGGGAUUAAGGAGAUUUUUCCUCUUCGUAAAAUGAAAAAAAAAUUUUUAAAGUAUGUCUGUUCAUUUUGAAGCUAAUAUGAGUAGAUGAACUGAGCUUUUUCGGGCUUGAGAGAUUCAACUGAAUUUCGUCCUUUUAAUGCAAAAAACAGUUCAUAUCAUACAAAAUUUCACAUUUUGGAGCAGAUAUGAAAGUAGGGACAAAAGUAUUGAGGUGAAUAAAUUGAAGAAAAUUUAGAUUUUGAGGGCUUGAAAUGCAUAUUGAAAUUAUUUUAAGCUUUGAAAAUCGUGAAAAGGAGAAAAAGGUCGCGUGAUUCAAAAUUUUGACAAACUUGUAUUAAAAAGGAUUUAAAUUAAAGCUUCGACAAAGUUUCUUACAUCAUACUCGGCAAAAACCGUAAAAAAUUUUCAGUCAUGCUCAUCCCAUGUAUGUCUUAAAUUUGAAGGCUCCAGAAGCAAAUCAAGGGUAUUUUUAUUUUUAUUUGAAAUCUUGAAAGGAAUAUUUUUGUGGGGGUCCAAGUCUGCUUUGAACUCCCUAUAUGUCAAAAAGAACAACAUGUUUCUGUAGUAAAUAAAAGAAGAUUAUAAUUUCAAGCUUGAAAGAAGUUUGAAAAUGAAUUCACGAUACCUUGAAUUCCGGGACAUUUCUAGUGACCGCUUCAGUAGCGUCAGCAUUCUUAAGUGAUCCCUAGAACUUCUCAGAAACGGCAGGAGCACGUCCAAGUAUGAAUAUUGCAAAGAAUACCCCUUCCAUUUUUGAAAACCCAAAACUCUGUAAUUUUCUAGGUUCGUCGCCAAACGACAUGAAAGAGACCAAGUGGAAAUCGUCAAAUAUUCCUCACCGGUCCCAGUGGCUCUGAACAAGCCUUUCAUCAAUAUCCUUGACCAAGUCUCUUUUUCCAUACUUCAUGUAGAAAUGAAGAAAAUUGAAGGUCUCCGAAAUGCAGUCGAUGGAAUGCCACCGACGGGUGACCAAUCGAAUUGAGGAACUUUUGGACCGGCAAAUGUUGGGAUUCGCUCAGUUCAUGGUCGAUGAGACUUCCUGCCGGAAUCGGUUGAAGGUCCGGGAAAAAGAAUAUUGAUAAAAAGAGUUUAUAAAAAAAUGGGGGUAGCAGAAACACACGCGCAAAUUCCGGAAGGUCCUAAAAAGAAGCUUUUGUAAAAGUUGCCCUUUUUUUGGACCUUUUUCUAAAAAGAUCCUUCUAAUGAGCAAGGAAAGAAGAAACUGGAAAAAAGGAGCUUCAGCGAAACUUUUGACACCUUUUUAGGAAUUCAUGAAGAAGCUUUAGAUUUUUUUGAAUUUUUGUCAGAUUUUGACGUGUAGCUGAGUCAAAUGAAGCCAUGAGAAUUAGUUCCAGAAACUUCAGCUUGAAAAAUUGAGUCUAGCAGAUUGAAAGCAACGUUUUUCGGACACUCAGUCAAGAAAAAUUUGCUAGAGUUUGGAAUUUUUUUGGGAGAAAAACGUUUGAAAAAAAUUGUUCCUAAAACACAAAAAAAAGCGUGAAAAAAGUUUUUUAGUAGUUUGAAGUUUCAUAACUCGGAAACAAAAACUAUUGCGAGAAAAUUUUGUUUUUUCUGGAAUCAGAAGGCCUUGAAGUAUACUUCAGCCGAGUUUAAUGAAAUGUUCAAGUGGACAAGAAAGCGUUCCUAGCUAGGAAACAUUUUUACCCUCUCCAGAAAUUUCGAACAUUUUUCUAAUUUUUAGGAGCUUCCCCGUCGAAUCGACAUUGACUACCUGAAGCCGAGCGUCUUCACGCUCUCCAACGAACCAUUUUUCCGAUCCCUCAUCAAAGCGUCCAUCAAAUAUUCCAUCAGUACCCUUGAUUCUACCCGAUUCUCUUCCGGAAAUGAGAAUUUUAAGCGCGCCAACUUCGGAAAGAACAAAUCCCGAUUCCGGCCGACCUGGGCCGGUCAAUGCUCGGCGUCGUGGACGAGACUGGACGGCUACAGUAUGGCCAGAUCUUCGUCCAGUACACCAAGAACAUUGCCUUGAAAUUGCCGCCGGCGACCGCCGCCAAGGCCGUUCUGAAAGGUGCCGAUGAUGGAGUUUUACAGAUUUAGGAAAGGAAAAUAGUUGGGAAAGGCUUCGGAGAAGGAAUUUUACAGAUUUUGAAAUGUUGAAACUCGAAAUUUUGAACCGAAUUGAGCAAUGAUUCACAUCAAAAACCUCAAAAACUUCAAAAUUUCUCAACUUUUUCCGAAAUUCGCUCCAAAUUUGGUGAAUCCAACUGUUUCAAGCUUCUGAGUAUGAGCUCUAUCUUUUAAAAUCGAAUCGAUAACUCAAAUUACUCUGAGAAGCUCAAUUUUUGAAUAGGUAAAAGUUUAGAACUUCAAAAAAUGAAGAAGAGGUUCAGACUUUUCUUGGAGACUCUGUGUUAAGAAAAAAUAUCAAUCAAGUAAUUUUCAGAGUAGUUUUUUUAAAAUUUCGAACAGUUUCAAGGCUUUGAAAGCUUCAAAUAAAGCAUUUUUUUCCACAAACUGUAGUAUGAACGAUUUAAAAGCUUCACACCCUGUAAAAGCUCUAUUUUAAAAGUUCUGCUGCUUUGUAGUUAGGCGGUCCAGUCAUUAAAAGCCUGAUUGGUUACUAAAAAAAAGUUGUGAGAACCAUAUAUCGUUUUUCUAACAAAGUAGGUCAUUUUACUUUAGAUUUGCCUGAAAAUUGACCAGAACGCUCCUUGAUGUACCAGAAGAAGUUUCUGAAAGUCUCAAUCUGCCCAACUUUCUACUUUUCGAGUGAAGACCCUGCAAGAAAACUCUUGAAAUCUAUUGAAAUAAGCUGUUUUGGGGCUUUAGGCCCUUGUUUCUCGAAAACCAGGAAGUUGUGCAGGUUGAUCCCUUCAUAAUUUUCUUCUGGUACAUCAUGAAGCGUUCUGGUCAAUUUUUAACAAAAAAUGAAAAUUACCUCCCCUUCAAAUUUUUUCACUGGCCAAAUUCUUGAAAAUUAGUAGUUAUCUUUCCAGGCAAAGUUCUCCUGACGAAGAACCCGUGCAUCGUGAGCGGCGACGUGCGCGUCUUCGAAGCCGUCGACAUCCCAGAACUUCAUCACAUGCUCGACGUCGUCGUCUUCCCCCAGUGUGGCCCGCGGCCUCAUCCUGAUGAAAUGGCUGGUCUAAAAUGAAUCAGAAGACCUGUCUGAAUGUAGCAGUACAGGCUCCGACUUGGACGGUGACGAGUACUCGGUGAUUUGGGACCAGGACCUGCUGCUGGACCGAAAUGAGGAGCCCUUCGACUUCACUUCGGACAAGAAAAAGGAGAAGUUCGACGAGAGCGAUGUGGUACGGAAAUUUCUAGUGGAAGUUUCAGAUUUGAUGAAGAAGAUAGGAAAAAAAAAAGAGCAUGAUUUGAAAAACUUGACACCAGAUAUCUUUUUAAAAAAAAUUUUGAAGCUGUAGAGACUCAAAAAAGCUUCAUAAAUUCAACUCCUGUAAGGUCUAACCAUGUGGGAAACAUUCUAAUGGUAUUUAAUAAUGGUCUCGAAACGAAGAGCCUUUUUUAGGGCCUGCAAGAGCUCUGCGCCUUUAAAUUUAUCAGCUAGGAAUUUUCAAUAAAACCUAUUUAGCAAUAUACUCUCUCAGAACUGGCUUCAUGCAAAAGCUCUAUUUCAAAAAAAAAUUGACGAUGUAUUUAAAGGAGCAUGGAUUAGUUUAAUAAUAGUCUUGAAGGGAAUAGUCGUUUCAAGAGUUAUUUUAGGUCAUGAAAAAGCUCUGCGCCUUCAAGUUUUUCAGCUAAAAAUUCUCAGAAAUCCUAUUUAGCAAUAUAUUCUCUCAGAACUGGCUUAUGCAAGAGGUCUACAUCAAGAAAAGCUUGGCGAAGAAUUUAAAGGAGCAUGGAUUAGUUUAAUAAUAGUCUUGAAGGGAAAAGUCGUUUCAAGAGUUAUGUUAGGUCAUGAAAAAGCUCUGCGCCUUCAAGUUUUUCAGCUAAAAAUUCUCAGAAAUCCUAUUUAGCAAUAUAUUCUCUCAGAACUGGCUUAUGCAAGAGGUCUACAUCAAGAAAAGCUUGGCGAAGAAUUUAAAGGAGCAUAGAUUAGUUUAAUAAUGGUCUUGAAGGGAAGAGUCGUUUUCAAGGGAUGUUAUGUUAAGUCAUGCAAAAAAAGCUCUGCGCCUUUCAAGUUUUUUUCACCUAGGACAUUUUAACUAACCUAAGCCCUUACUAACCAAAAAAUGAUUUUUAGACAAAAUAUAUUUCUCUCAGGACCGGCUCUAUGCAAGAGGUCUAUAUCAAGAAAAAGCUUUGGUGUACGAAUUUUAAAGGAGCAUGGAUUAGUUUAAUAAUAGUCUUUCGAAAGGGAAAAAGUCGUUUCAAGAGUUAUGUUAGGUCAUGAAAAAGCUCUGCGCCUUCAAGUUUUUCAGCUAAAAAUUCUCAGAAAUCCUAUUUAGCAAUAUAUUCUCUCAGAACUGGCUUAUGCAAGAGGUCUACAUCAAGAAAAGCUUGGCGAAGAAUUUAAAGGAGCAUGGAUUAGUUUAAUAAUAGUCUUGAAGGGAAAAGUCGUUUCCAGUGCUGUUUGAGGUCAUGCAAGAGCUCUGCGCCUUUAAAUUUUUCAGUUAGGAAUUUUCAACUAACCUAAACCUUUCACGACCUCAAAAAGGAAGUUUUCGACAAUGUCUUCUCUCAGGACCGGCUCAUGCGCGAGUUCUACAUCAAGAAAACCUUGGUGUAGUAUUUAAAUGAAAAUAGAUUGAUUUAAUAAUGGUCUCGAGGUGAAGAGCCGUUCCCAAUGCUAUAGGUCAUGCGACAGCCCUGCGCCUUUAAACCUUUCAACGAGAAAUUCUCAACUAACCUGAGCCUUUAAUAACCUCAAUAAUAAUUUUGACAAUGAAUUCUCCUAGGACCGGCUCAUGCGCGAGUUCUACAUCAAGUACCUGAAGCUGGACUCGGUGGGAACCAUCUCGAACAGCCAUCUGCACUGCUCCGACCAGUACGGCCUCAACGCCAAAGUCUGCAUGAACCUGGCCAAGAAAAAUUGUCAGGCCGUCGAUUUCACCAAGUCGGGCGACGCGCCCUCGCCUUUGGUCAACGUCUGGGAGAAAGGUUCUCGAAAAUGACAGGAUUUUGGGGCUAAAUUCUUGAUAGAUCCCGAUACGGACGAAAUGAUCCCGCCGGAAAGGCCGGAAAGAGUUCCGGACUUUUCACAUUGGCAACGAGUACAGUCCGAUGUACGUCAGCGCAAGACUCUGUGGCAAGCUCUUCAGGUGAUUUGAGGGGGGAAAUUGGAAAUUGUGAAAGAAAAUGUGUGUACAAUAGUGUUCUAAAAUUUGACCGUUCAGUUUUUCGAACGGUUAUAACAUGUCAUUUUUCUGACCGUUAGUUUGACCGACCAGUUUCUGAAAUUUACGAAACCGACUGAACAACAAAAAUGCAAUUUUUCUGUUGCCGUGUUCGAAAUGAUUCCGCGAAAUUCAAAAAAGCCGCCAGAAAGUGAGAAAUAUAGAAAUUUCGGAGAUUCAGAGAUCAUUUUGAAUUUCGCGAAAAUUACUUUGAGCACGGCAUGUGCUAGAGCGCCACGGUGCAUGCACAGUAUACUCUACACUUUACGCGAAAAAUAGAAGCGUGGCGUCGUCAAGAAAAUGCCGUGAUUUUCAUGUUUCUCUGACGUCGCCGAGGGAACAGAGAGACGCACAAGAGUGUACUAUGAAACUAUACCUUUUUGAAGAUUAGAAAAGAUAAAUUUUCAAGAUUUUUCCCAGUUUUUUCAAAGACUUCUAGGGAAUAAUAAACUGAUUUCAGAGAAAUCAAGGCGAUUGACGAUGUUUUGCGGAUUUCCGAAGAACGAGACGAACAGCUGGAAAUCACCAUUGACUCUCAAAUCCAAGUCCCAGGCUUCGAAUUCCGCUUGGGCCAGGCCAGAGAGGAGCUCGCCAAAUACAACGCUCAGCUUCGAGUUUGGAAAAACUGGAAAAAAGCUACGAAAAAAGCAUAAUUUCAGUCGUUGAUGGAAAACUACGGGAUCAGAACGGAGGGCGAGAUUUUCUCCGGUUGCAUCAUUGAGAUGAGAAAUCGGAUAUCUGAAAAAGACCAGGACGACAUGUCCUUCUACAACACGAAUCAGAUGCUCGAGACCAAAGUCUCGCUUCUUUUCAAAAAGUACCGCGAACAGUUCUUUGAGGUGCUUGACCUAAUAUGAAGAUGUGGAAUAUUUGAAAUCCUAGGAGUUUGGAGGAUGGCAGAUGUGCACGGAGAAGUCGACGCGCGCCUACGCCGACGAGUUGAACGUCCUGCAAAGGACUUGCAAAGACCCCUCGAUGGAAAUGCAGAAGAAGGCCGUCGCCUACUACCGCGCUUGCUAUGGUUCGACUCCUCUUAAUGUCUUAUUUUAUUACAAUUUUCUUUUUCUCUUCAUUUCAUUUAUUCUUACGGGUGUACAGCCAAUGUUCUCUUAUCCAAUGUAGUCCGUUUUUCGCGGGACUUCUCUGCGCCCUCCUCGAGGUCUCUCAUGUUUACGUGCUAUUUUCAUGUUUCUCUGACCUCGCCGGUGAGGGAAAAGAGAGACGCAGACGCGCGAAAAAACUCUUUCCUCCUUCUCUGCGCCCUCCUCAUAUCUCGACGUCUCUCUUGUUUACGUGCUAUUUUCAUGUUUCUCUGACCUCGCCGGUGAGGGAACAGAGAGACGCAGACACGCGAAAAAACUCUUUCCUCCUUCUCUGCGCCCUCCUUAUCUCUCGACGUCUCUCUCCUGUUGACGUGCUAUUUCCAUGUUUCUCUGACCUCGCCGGUGAGGGAACAGAGAGACGCAGACAAGCGAAAUCCGGAAACGGAGCAUGAAAAGAGCGCGUCAAAAUGAGAGGGUCACCGAAAGACAAGAAGGGCGCAGAGAGGUCCCGCCCUUUUCAAGUCGCAAAAAACGUAUAUGCUCACCCAAGAACUAGGCACCGUAAAUACAGGCUCUUGCUUUACAAAACUAAAAAUAAGCAAAGAAUUCGUGAAUAGACAAAGCCAGAAAUAGCACAUUCCACAUUUCAGCAUGUCAAAAAAAUUUUUCGGCCAAAAAGACCGUAUACCAAAUUUGAUCAGAUUCGAGCCCCACCUCGCUUCAAGACCUUUUUUCUCGCUGUAUUUUUUUAGUUAGCAGUUUUGUAAAGUCUGUAGUAUCUUUUUUUCGGCUGUUCUUUCGAAACGCGAUCGUCUCAAAAUGCUCUCAAAUCAGAGGCCGCCUGCUAGGAAGGGGUAAAUACGUGUACCGUGUUAUCCGUAAUGGUAAAUUGCUCACAAACGCGACGAAAGCCUCCACCAUUUUUUUGGUUACGGUAUUAGGAAAAAGCUUUUUAAAAAUUUAUAGGCUAUUCCGCGCCAGCUUUUCACAGUUUUUAUUACCCUCCGAGCUGGAGAAUCAUACCGUUUGAAACGCGCGGGAUUUUUCUCUGCAUGCGCCUUUUAUUUGGCUUAAAGUGCUGUUAUAUUAAAGGCGCAUGCAGAGAUAAAGAUCCCGCGCAUCAAAGGGAAGGGUUCUGUGAGACGGAGACGAACGGAAUUCGUGAAAUGCUGCCGCGGAAUGAGCUACGGCACUUUAUUGAAUGGAGCCGUAGAGAACUGUUACAAGAUAAAAAUUUUUAAAUCAAACGUUCACGAAUUUAGAAAAAAGAGAAAAAAAUGAUCUAGUUUGUGUCGGAAUGAACCUUCUGUUUGAAAAAAAAAUGAUUAAAACUCCAAUUUUUUAAUUUUCGCAGAACUCUGUAUGAUACCCUUUCAGUUUGAAAAUUUUUCAUUGGAUUCCUCCAGAAGAGGCCAAAACGACGCGAGAAAACAAGAAGCUCUCGUUCGCCUGGCUCGCCUACGACGUCCUCUACACGGUCCGACUCAAUUCCAUCCUACAGAGCGACGUUUCGACCGGAAUCAACCCUCUCUACACCGUUUACUCCACCCGAUCUUCUCUCAGAACUUGAGGAAUUCAGAUGUUGGAAUCGCACAGAGACCAGUAUAUCCGCGAGAAUUUCGCCGCCUUUGAGGAGUACCUCCGCUUUGAGCCCGAUUCCCCGUUUGACAACCGCAUCGGGCAGGCCAACAAAAUCCUUCAAAUGUACAUUAUAAUCUAUCCGGGUCUGUUUUGGGGUCAUAGUCAAGCACGGGCAAAGUCGGAAAGGGUGCUCCAUAGAAAUGUUCCUUUUAGGGUGAGAUGGGUUACUUUUUUGCGGCCUUUUUGCACCCUUUUAUUGUCUGUUAUGCAUCAUUUUUGAGCCGUUAUCAACUAUUCCGACUUUGCCCGAAAAUUUACCUGAGUCGUAAGGUGUUCUACCGUAGUCACGCGUUGCGGUUGCGGCGCGGCUUUUGGUGCGAAAUCGGGUUUUCGAAUAGGAUUAGGCUUUUUUCUGCUAGAUUUCAGGUUUUCUUAGUAGAAUAGGCUAUUUGUUGAGUAUCUGGGAACAUUUUUAGUAGCCACUUUAGGGUUACAAAGUUCUAGUGGUCACUAUAGUAGUCGAAUUGGUGGCCACUCAAGUGACGGAAGUUUAAUGGCCUUAUAAGGAGUCUAAGUGGUGCUACUAGACCAUUGAAAACCGCUAAAGUCGUUUCUGUAGAGGUAGUUUUAGAGGCCACUUUAGUGUCCUCUUCAAGGUGUCCUUGAGAAACCACUUAAGUGACCGCUACAGUGUUUCCCAGGUGGGGCUGUACUUUAAUGAAUUAUCGUCCACUUAGAAAUUUAAUGAAUGCGAAAAAUGAUUUACUCCCAAAAAAUCGCCGUAUCAAAAUUUUUCAUGAGUUUAAUGAAGGAAUACAAAAAAGUCAGUUUUCGCGUUAAAAAUUUGAAUUUCCCGCCAAAAUCCGGGUCUCGAUCGAAAAAAGUUACUGCGAUGAUCAGGAAGCUUUCGAGUCAGGGAAAAGUCGCUAUGUAAUUUUUAAAAAAACUGAUUUUUCGAUUACAGGCCUUGAAAGGGUUUUGUUCCUUCUCUACGAGUGGGCCAGAAGAGCCCAAUUGCUCGAAAAAGGCUUCAAAAAGCACCAUUUCGCCUUCCUUUUGAUCCUUUUCGCCACACGGCAUUUUGGAUCGGUUGACGGAAAAGCUGCGGCGAUUUUUGAGAAGGUGAAUGAUCCAGAAAAAUUGGAAACAGAAAAAAGAAAAUUUUAUUGCAAAAGAAGAGCCGAACAAGUUGGAAAGAAGCAUGUAAAAAAUUCAGGGUCUCAGAUUUAGGGUCCGUGAAAAUGGGCCUACUUUCCAUUUUUUAAGGGUUUUGAAGCAUGUAAAUAACUAGAAAAAUAAAAAUUAUGAAUAUCUUGCUUUGUGAAUUUAUAAAAUAAGUUUGAGAACAAGAAUAAGCCAUUUCCUUUUUUAAAAUGCAAUUUUUUCCACCCUCCUAGUUAUACCAGUUCCUUUUUGAAUAAAUAGCGAUUGCGAAAAAAUUCUUGUAGUUUUAUCGCUGCCACUUUUUAUGCAGGCCUUUCCUAUCGAAGUAUUUUUUUAAUAGGCUUGAAGGGUUGCAGAACGCUUGAUAUUUUGAUUUUUUCCAGAUCGACGAAGCUGAGUACCAGCAAGGAAAUGUGAACGCAGCUCCGCUGAGUGAGCUCGAUCAAUCGCGACUCCUCAUCUCGUUCUUGGAGUUUUUGUCGUCGCGAAAGUUCCGCAAGCUCGUGCGGAUCAGCUUCUUGCCCAUCGGCUUUUUCGCCGUGUUCACGAGGAACCAGUGGAUCCCGUUCCAUGUGGUGCGUGGUUCUGGGUGGGAUAAUGGGUUUGAUUAGAAGAAAAAAAGGAGUUUUGAUUAGGGGGGGGGGCCUUAGAAAUGUUUUUAUUUAUUUUUAAAGUGAAUAAACUGAUGAUGAUGAGGGAAAAAUCUCUUCGAGAAACGCAAAAUUAGUCAAUAAAUCAAGUUUAUCAAAAAUUAUUCUACUUUUUAAAUGAAACACCGAGUCUUUCUUCAUUAUUGGUGAAAAAUUCAUUGCGGUACCUUUUAAAACUGGAAGAGAUGUGAAUUUUCGAAAAAAAACCCAUUUUUGGACCUUUGGCGACUUAUAACUCUCUCGACACGUUUUUUUGACACUGCUAAAAUAAUCAGCGUAAAAUUCUCUACAACAUAUGAGAAUAUCAAAAAAGUGACUCGUUUUUCUGAGAUCCUGUCCCUGUCAUUUUAGAGUACCCUUUUUCGAAAACAGGUUCAGAAUUCAAGAAAAAUUGGUUGAUCAAGUUUUUGGGCCAAGUUCAAGAAAUAUUGAGUUUUAACAUUUUUUUUUCAUCUGUUUCUUGAAAAAACAAAGCUACAGAUUGAACUAGGAAUGAGGAAACUAAAAAGAAUUCGAAAAAAAAAAACUUGCAGGAUAAAUUUGAGAACAUCUCAAUCUUGAAAAAGUCCAUAUUCUGUCUUGUAAGCCAUAUCUACAAAAUGAAGCUUUCAUAAAUUGGCCAUCUCCCUUUUCAAGGCCGCCCUGAAGACCUUCUACAACAUGCAGUUCAACCUGCGGUUCGAGGAGCUUCCCGUCUCAACGGACCCGGCGGUGACCAGUCGGACGAUCAUCCGCGAGAGCGAGCCGUUCAUCAUCGAACUGCCCAGCAACAUUGACGAAUCCGACGUCCGACGCAAAUUGCUGCACUUCACCGGCCUGGAAGACGUCCAACUCCGCUAUCUUAAGACCCAGAAAGUCCAGGAGAAUCGUUGGUUCUUCCCCGUGAUGACAGUGAAUCUUUGAUCUCUUCAGCUCGAUAUUUGGUCACUUCGAGGGGCUCUCUGGAGGCUUUCUACAAGUUGCGACAGCUGGUGGCCGUCAAGGUGAGGAGGAAAGAGUCUUGAAAAAAGAGAAUAUUUUUUUCUUGAGUGAUUUUGAACACUAGAGGGAUGCAAAAUAUAUAAAUUAGCUUGGAAGAGAUGAAAAAAUGCUUGUAAGAAUAGUAGGAACAUCUUUUUCAAUGGCACAUGGAUGUUACUGGAACUUAAACGGCCAAAAAAGCUCGAAGGCACCUUUUUUUGAAACGGACCUUUCAAGAAGUUAGACUCUUUUUUUAGGCUUUUCGAGGCCCUUUGCACUUUGUCUGUGUUAUGGAGUUGGCAUAGAAAUUUAACGAAUUUUAUUUUUUUUUAAUCGAUUGGGAUCAGUUAGAAACAUCGAUUUUUCUAUUUUAUGAAGAAACCUAAUUAAGGUCAAAAUUCAAAUCGAAAUUCUUCAAAAUUCUCUGAUUCUUAAUUAGAAAUAUGCGAGCUAAUGUAUGGAAUGAAUAAAGAAAAGUUGAAAAAAGGCAAUUUUUGGACAUCGGGCAAAGUCGGAAUGGUGGCUAAUGGCCGCUAAAAGGCACAAAAAAGGCCGCAGAAAGGCAGUAAAAAGGGUCCCUUUAUCGAGCCUUCCAUUUUUCCUGGGAGAGAAAUGGUAGAAAAAGGAAGAGGCAGCAAAAAUGCUCCAUAAAAGCCGAUGAAAUGGCGCAAAAAGGCAGCAAAAAAGGAGCCUUUGUCAUCCUAAAAGGAACAUUUCUAUGGAGCCUUUUUCCACCCUUUCGACUUGGUCUAUGCUUGAAAAACGAUUUUUAAAAUGAAUUUUUCAUGGCAAAUCCCUUUAAUCAGGUACCCCUGAACAACUCGGUGACGGGCAAGGAGAUCUCUACCCAACUGGCCACGCUCCGCCUCCAGAAGAUCAACGCCGGCCAGCUCUCCUGUGUGUGA